GCCUAAUCGCUUACUUUUGUCUACCUAACAUUGGUUUUAUUUAUCAAACUCAAAGAGAGCACUUUUUAGGGUUUGAUGUUAAAAUUAUAGAUGGUUGUUUUCUGUGAAGAGAAAACAUCAAGACAUCUUCUGGUUGACAGACUUAUUUUGGUAAAGAAACUUGACUAAAAUCCCUCUCCUUUAUUUUUUUUUUAAAAUGUUUUCGUAGUGAAUGAAACUUUCCUGUUUUUCAUCCUAAUAGCUUCAAUGUGGCGUAUUAUGCUGAAAAAGGGUAAACCGUUUUUCUUUUAAAACCUCCAGAUUUGCCUUCAUGUAUUCGACGUUUCUUUCCCUCUGUGACCGGUGGCUGAUAUUAUUAUAAACGAGUAUGCUUUAAUUGUGAUGUUGGUUGGUCUGGUUGUCCCUCUUAGUCAUUUAUUCUUUCUUGAUUUGCCUAUAGUUUCAUGUGGUUGUUUCAUUGUCUCAAUAUGACAUUAUUUCCUUUUGGAUUUCUAUUUAAUUCCAGCAUACGUGCAAAAUGUGUUCUUCCCUAUUCAAUUCUUUCAGUUUCUGAAGUUUGAGAUGCAGAAUUGUCUCUACUUAAUUUCUCACUGGCAAUAUUUGUAGUCAUUGGCAAUGGCAUUUUGUUAAUUUCUUAUACAAGAAACUUGACAUUUUUAAAUGGAUCAGAUCGUUUACAGAUAAAUCAUGUCCAAGUGGUCUGAAAACGUAUGAAUCUGAAAUAUAGAGGAGCUUUUGAUCAUGGAGGGGGAAACGUCAUGGGAUUCCUUUGAUGACAUAGCACGAGAUGUUACUGAGUUUGAUUCAUUCUCGGAACUCAGUGAUGAAGGCAAUAAAGAAACUGAUGUGGUUUCUAUUGACUUAAUUCUGCCAGAUGACCUAUUGGAACGAAUUUUAGCACAUCUUCCCAUUGCGAGCAUAUUUAGAGCAGGUUCGGUAUGCAAAAGAUGGCAUGAGAUUGUCAGUUCUACAAGGUUUUUAUGGAAUUUUUCGCAUUCCCCGUCACAGAAUCCUUGGUAUUUUAUGUUUACAAGCUCCGAUGAACCAGUGGGUUAUGCGUAUGAUCCUGUUCUUCGAAAGUGGUAUGGCAUAGAAGUCCCUUGCAUACAAACAUCCAAUUGGUUCAUUGCUUCUUCUCGUGGUUUGGUUUGCUUCAUGGACAAUAAUAGUAGAAGUGAGUUACAUGUCUGCAACCCUAUCACAAACCAGUGCAAGAAGCUCUUGGAGCCCCCUGGUUUGAAAUUUCCUGAUUAUAGUGCCCUUGCAAUAUCUGUGAAUAAGAUAUCACAUGGUUAUACCAUUUCAAUUGUGAAAUCUAAGCAAGUCCCAGGGAAUUUUUUUCAGUGGGAUCUUUCAAUACAUAUUUAUGAUUCAGAAACAGCAAUGUGGGUAACCUCUUUGAAAGAAGUUUUGACUGGAUGGAGGGGUGGUGAUGAGAGUAUGAUCUGUGAUGGGGUGUUGUAUUUUUUAAUUUACUCAACUGGGGCUGGCACUCCUGAGACUCGCCACAGUCUAAUUACAUACAAUCUUUGUGGCAGAUCUUCCCAUGGUUUGUUGAUAAAAAAUUUCAUUCCUGUACCUUGCCCUCUCACUUGUGGACGUCUUAUGAAUCUGAAGGAGAAGCUGGUAAUGGUGGGAGGAAUAGGGAGACCUGAUCGACCUGACAUAAUCAAGGGAAUCGGCAUCUGGGUUUUGAAUGGUAAAGAGUGGCAAGAAGUGACACGUAUGCCUCAUAAGUUUUUCCAAGGAUUUGGUGAAUUUGAUGAUGUUUUUGCUAGCAGUGGUACAAAUGAUUUGAUCUACAUCCAGAGCUUUGGAGCCCCAGCUCUUCUUGUCUAUGACAUGAACCAGAAGCACUGGAAAUGGUCCCACAAGUGUCCAGUGAUAAAGAGGUUCCCGCUCCAGCUCUUUUCUGGCUUUUGCUUUGAACCUAGGCUUGAAACAUCUCCAUAAUGUGGUUUCUUAUUGGAUUUGUGUUGCAGAAAUUAUAAAUUUUUCUGAAAUCCCAUAUUUCUUUUUCCCUUUUCUAUUCAUUUCCAAUUAUGUUCAAAUCUAUGUUUCAAAAUGUUUACACAGAAUGUACCAGCAUUUACUGCUGCUCAGUAUAUGAAAUGGAAGUUUGGGACUUGCAAGUUGCAACCCUUCCCCCCAAUUAAAAUAUACUUUUGCC